AUGAGACGCCCCGUGCCCUUUGGCCACGAGUUCCGCAAGGCCUACUACGCCUCGCUCGACGAAAACAUCAACCCCGUCAACCACGGGCUGUACGGGGCGACGCCCGACCCCGUAUACGACGCCUAUUUCACCCACGUAAAAGCCGACGCCGCCUACCCCGACCGCUACUGCCGCAUCCAGCUCCGGGACGACUACGUUGCUGCACUUAAGCUGCUUGCAGAUUUAGUCCACUGCGACUACCGGUGGCUUGCAUUAGUGAAUAAUACCACCACCGGGGUCAAUACCGUGCUCCGAAGCCUUAAGUUUAGAGCCGGCGAUAAAGUGUUGAUUGCGCUGACGUCGUACGGCGCCUGUGCCAAGACGGUAGCGUUCCUUAGGAAUACCGUUGGCGUGGAACCGGUGGUGGUGGAGUUAAAUUACCCGAUUAGUGACGACGAAGUAGUGGCCCAGUUUGCCGCGGCAUUCACCGAACACCGCCCCAAAUUGGCCAUGUUUGACGCGGUGCUGCUGAUGCCAGGAGUCACCGUCCCCUUUCCGCGGUUGGUGGAGCUCUGUCGCCAGCACCUGGUGCUCUCGCUCAUCGAUGCCGCCCACAGUGUCGGUCUCUUACCCCUCAAUCUUAGCGAGACACGCCCCGAUUUCUUUGUCAGCAGUCUCCACAAGUGGCUCGGGGUCCCUCGCGGGUGUGGCAUGCUCUAUAUCGACCGCAGCCACUGGCACCAGGUCGAGACGUUGCCGAUCUCCCACUCGUACGUCGAGCCCGCAGACGCUACCGACGACGACGACUGGCUUAUUAACCAUUUCUUCUUCACCGGGACCAACAACUAUGCCCAGAUAGCGCUGAUCCCCGCCGCCAUUGCCUUUAGAGAGCAAGUGGGCGGCGAAGCCGCCAUCCACAAAUACUGUGGCGACCUUGCCACCGAAGUCGGUGAGCGCCUAGCCGCUAAGUGGGGCACUCAGUACCUUCACAACGACCCCAAGAUCGCCAUGGUCACCGUCGAAAUCCCCUUGGACCGCUUCGACGCCCCCUACCAGCAGUUUGCCGAUAACUUCGACGCCUGGUCCAACUACAGCGGCGAGAUCAUGCUUGACCGCCGCCAGUUCGUGCCGUGGAUCGCUCAUAACGGCAAGUUGUGGGCGCGGUUUUCGUGCCAGGUGUACACCGAGGCCGCGGACUUUUACCGGGCCAGCGACGUGCUCGUGGCGGCGUUGGCGACGACGGUAGCCGACGCCAAGAAGGGCUUGGUCCACUGA